AUGGGAUGCGAUGAUGCAGCAAAAUGGAAGCCUCGUGGACUGGCAAAGUCCAUAGGAGUCGCCUGCUUCAUCAAAGGCGCCUUCUGUAUUUAUAUAUCCCUCGUGUCAUGGCAUUCGGCUAUGCAACGCCCAUAUGUAGACCGCCGUACGACACAUAUAACGGCUGAUGGCUACCUAGCUGGCAGACAAUCCCUUGACGGCGAGGAUAAAACGUGCACGGUAACGGAGAGACUAUCUUACAAAGUCAACACUGAUCUUCCUUACUCCGAGCUGACAUGCUUGCUAGACGAUAGAAAACCCGAUGGGAGCCUCAAUGAAAAUUUUUAUGAUGGAAUCCAAUUCGCACUGUGGAAGCAGCUGUUGCCAUACCUGAGCUGGGACAGUGAACACAUGCUUAAUAUAGCUCUUGACGACCUGGUUUACGCCAGAGAGAAUUCAGCUGCCUUCUUUCCACUGCUUCCGUGGCUGGUGAAUAUCACUGGCAAGGCACUGAAAUCCCUACAUCUGCAGUAUGCCCUCCUAUCUGGCUACGACAUUGAAGUCGUAGAAGCGCCACUAGCGCUCUAUAUGGCACUGGGCGGAGUUUUGCUAUGCAACUUAGCCGGUAUAAUUGCGGCCGGGGCGCUAUAUCUUCUCGUAUGGGAUAUAAUGUACAGGCGGGUAUUAUUGUUGACAUGCGGAAAAAAUGUUCCCCAAAUAAUGACAGAUGAUAAAACACCGGUAUAUAUGACAGAGAAGUAUGUCGAGAGAAUCGCCCAGGUGUCCGUUUUGUUUUACUGCCUUGGGCCAGCCACGGUCCAUUGCACUGCCAUAUACACGGAGAACCUGUUUUGCCUUUGUACUUUUGUGGGUCUACUUCUACUGUCGUACGCUGAAAACAACCGCAAAAUAGCAACUAACGCCAACGAAUGCGUGUUACCUCCGCUUAUAAAGGCAUACGUACUUGAAGUAAUGGCGGUUUUGCUAUUCUUCAUGGCUUCUGCUCUUCGCUCCAACGGCGUAUUACUGCUAAUUCCUCUCUUCUUCUACACUUUACGCACAUGUUGUGUAUUCAGCAAGUUAAACCUGCUCUACGAUUAUGAUAAGUCGAGCCUUGGAUAUAACAUCGACGUCAGCAGAGUUCGAAAUAAGAGCCUACUGGCGAUAAGAUUUGUGUCGCACUGGUUACGCGCAUUAAUAUAUGCAGUGAGCCUGCUAGUGCCAAUGGCUACAUUUCAGUUCUAUAUCUACUGUCUCUAUUGUCGUCACCUUACGGCCGAACAGGUGCAGCGUGUUAAAAGCUUUCCAUCAUUUGUAACCUUACUGGUAUCGCCUGGAGGCAUGACUUAUCUGAGGAAAAUAAUAGAAUCCACAAAUACUUAUGCGAGACCGUGGUGCUCCGCAAAGUUACCGAGACCCUACGCGUUUGUGCAAAAGCAGUAUUGGGAUGUCGGAUUCUUAUGGCUGCUAAGGCAGCCUGCACGCCUGCACGUAUUCCUCUACUGCUGGCCCUCAUACGUUGUCACAUAUUUCGCAUUACGCUGGUACUGGUGCUUUAUAAAAAGCACGUACGACAGAGUCUCACAAUCUGCAUUCAUGCGUAAUCUCGGUAAGUUCAGCCCUUUUAUUCUAGAAGGCAUCAAAAACAUCUCAGCAUUACUUAACGUUUCUUAUAUUGGUGGCAUACUCAUAAUUGUUCAGACUGUCUUGUUUUGA